UUUACUACAUGUUGUCACGUGUUGUUGUCUCCUCUGCUGUUACAACAUGUCACAUCAUGUUGUCUCCUCUGCUGUUAUUACAUGUUGUCACGUCAUGUUGUUUCCCUCUGCUGUUACUACAUGUUGUCACGUCACGUUGUCUCCCUCUGCUGUUAGUACAUGUUGUCACGUCAUGUUGUCUCCUCUGCUGUUACAACCUGUUGUCAUGUGUUGUUGUCUCCUCUGCUGUUACUACAUGUCGUCACGUGUUGUUGUCUUCUCUGCUGUUACUACAUGUUGUCACGUGUUGUUGUCUCCUCUACUAUUACAUAUUGUCACAUCAUGUUGUCUCCCUCUGCUGUUACUACAUGUUGUCACGUGUUGUUGUCUCCUCUGCUGUUACUACAUGUUGUCACGUGUUGCCUCCUCUGCUGUUACUACAUGUUGUCACGUGUUGUUGUCUCCUCUGCUAUUACAUGUUGUCACAUCAUGUUGUCUCCCUCUGCUGUUACUACAUGUUGUCACGUCAUGUUGUCUCCCUCUGCUGUUACUACAUGUUGUCAUGUGUUGUCUCCUCUGCUGUUACUACAUGUUGUCACAAGUGGUCUCCUCUGCUGUUGCUACGUUGUCACGUGUUGUUGUCUCCUCUGCUGUUACUACAUGUUGUCACGUCAUGUUGUCUUCCUCUGCUGUUACUACAUGUUGUCAUGUGUUGUUGUCUCCUCUGCUGUUACUACAUGUUGUCAUGUGUUGUAUCCUCUGCUGUUACUACAUGUUGUCACAUGUUGUCUCCACAGCUGUUACUACGUUGUCACGUGUUGUUGUCUCCUCUGCUGUUACUACAUGUUGUCACGUCAUGUUGUCUCCUCUGCUGUUAUUUAUUUAUUUUUAUAGAUGGCCUCCCUUCUCCCCUUAUAGCCAUCCUCUCCACACCAUAAAGAUUUAUUUGGUGAAGAGAAAACAGAGAAAACAGCGAGAGAAGCAACCAGAACGAUAGAAAGACUGAAAUAGCGAUUACAAGUGUAGGGGUCACCUCGAGUGAAGAAACAAGAGUUACUGCCUCAAAGCA